GAGAAAUUUUCUUAUUAUCAGCAGCACAUAUACAAUACGCACAUUAUAUAGCUUACGGCCACCGAAUAUCGACUAGUAUAUAGAAACGUUUAGUUUAAUAUUCAGUAAUAAGUUUCGAAAUAAUUUCAACGAGAAAUAGAUGAAGAACUAUUAUUUAAAAAAUUAGCAAGAAUCAUUCGAUAAACUCAGAUUGAUUUCUUGUCGACGAAGUUUGGAGAAUCUAUACUCGGCAUGGGAGUAUCAGAAGAUUUUGCACCAUCUUUUAUAAAGAAACCCCAACUCAGACAAGAGGAUGACGGCAAUCGCCUCAUUUUUGAAUGUCAGUUACUUUCUUCGCCUGUGCCAAGUAUUCAAUGGUAUCGUAGCGAUACCCUUGUAGUUGAGGAUGAACGAACAAAAUUCAAAAUUACUCCAAUUGGAGGAAACAAAUUUACAGUAUUAUUGGAAAUUGACGAUGUUAUGGACACAGAUGCUGGUCUUUACAAAGUUAAAGCAAAGAACAAUUCUGGCGAAGUUGCAGCUUCCAUAAAUUUGAAUUUUUCACGCGGCACUUUUUCUAUAAGUGACGAAACACCACAAAUCGACGGUUUUGCGCCGACUUUUGCAAAAAAGCCUUCAAUCAGACAAGAAGAUGAUGGUAAAAGACUGUUGUUCGAAUGUACUGUUAAAGCAGACCCACAACCAGUUAUAACCUGGUUUCACAAUGAAUCAGUUGUCAGCGAGUCUGAUCGCCAUAAGCUUAUUGUCAAAAAAGAUGGACAAUCCUACUUUGCAACGCUUGAGCUGAGAAACGUUACAGUUGAAGAUGCCGGCAAAUACAAAGUAAACGGCAAAAAUGAACUUGGUGAAAGUAAUGCUACAAUCAGUUUGAACUUUGACAGCGACGAAGCACCUAUACCAGAUGACGGAAUUAAGCCUACAUUUACAGAACGGCCAAUAAUACGACAAAGCGAAGAUGGUGGCAAUGUAGUUUUUGAAUGCAGAUGCGUUGGUGAUCCAAAGCCUACAGUAACAUGGUAUCAUGAUAAGAAUAAGAUAGUGGAAGGUGGGCGUUAUAAAAUGUCGCUGGUAUUGGAUCAGCAACUAUAUCACAUGGCAUACAUGGAAAUUAUGGACGUUGUCACAGGCGAUCAAGGUGAAUAUCGAGUCGUAGCACAAAAUGAGCAUGGAGAAGGUGCUGCCACACUAAAUUUAAAUUUUGAAGGAAGUUCUAAAAAAAUACCGGAUGGAAAAUCGCCAAGAUUUCCCAAGAAGCCAACUAUUCGACAGGAGGAAGAAGUAUUAAUUAUGGAAUGUAUGCUGGAGGCUUAUCCAGUUCCUGAAAUAUCGUGGUACCGAGCUGAUCAAAAAAUAGAAAACUCACAACGCAUUAAAAUGGAAUGUAAAAGUCAAUCAAAAGACGUCUACGUAUUAACAAUGCAAAUACAGAAUCCUACAAAAGAAGAUGGUGGCAAUUAUCGUUGCAAUGCUCUAAACGUGCUUGGGGAGAGUAACGCUAACAUUGCGCUCAAUUUUCAAGGUGCAAACGACGCAAAUGGAUUUGCUCCAUCAUUUAUCGAAAAACCCCGAAUCAUACCUAACGACUCCGGCACUUUAAUAACAAUGAAGUGCCGGUGUAAGGCCAAGCCCGAACCCACUGUAACGUGGUACAGAGGGAAGGAAGUGGUCAACAAAUCGAAGAAAAUCGAGAUAAAAACAUCGGCAAUUGGGGAAGAUGCUUACGAAUUAACUUUAGAAAUAAAGGAUCCUGGGGCAGCAGACGGUGGUACAUACCGUUGUAAUGUACAGAAUGAAUACGGAGAAUCAAACGCAAAUCUCAAUUUAAAUAUUGAAGCAGAGCCUGAGCCCGAAGGAGAGGGGCCAACAUUCGUCGAAAAACCUCGCAUUGUAUCUGAAAAUGCUGGCAAGUUAAUAAUUAUGGAAUGCAAGGUCAAAGCGGAUCCAAAGCCCACCAUUGUAUGGUACCGCAACAAUGAAGUGGUCAAAGAAAGCAAUAAAAUUAAAAUGUUUGUCGAACAGCGUGGAGAUCAGUAUUAUAUAAAACUUGAGGUGAUCGAUCCACAGCUGGAGGAUUCUGGACUUUACAAGUGCAACAUUAAAAACAACUUGGGUGAACUUAAUGCAAAUUUAACAUUAAACAUCGAGAUCAUUCCCGUCAUCAAGGACAAGCCAAAAAUAAUCAAAAUUAUCAAGAAACGAACGGUUGUUAUUGAGUGCACGGUUGCCUCUAAGUUCGAACCAAAGUGUACUUGGUAUAAGGAGUCCAAUGUUGUAAGCGAAAGCAAACGUCAUGUUUACCAAGUACAAAAGUCAAAGGAAGGCGAAUUUGCCGUCAAAUUGGAAAUAAACGAUGUAGAGGACACAGACAAGGGCGCAUACAAAUUGGUAGCAAGUAAUGAGAAGGGUGAGGCAGUUUCACAAAUUGUUCAUUUAGUUGACAUACCAGAGGAAGAGCGCAAACCACAAAAGCCGGAGAUAUCUCGUAAACUUACGGACCAAAAGGUAACCGAAUCGAAGACUUUCGAAUUGUCAAUAAAACUCAAAGAAGCUGAUCGUAAAUGUAAAAUUGAGUGGUACAAAGGAACUACUAUUAUCAGAGAAACGAAAGAAAUCACUACAACUUUCGAUGGUACUACAGCCCGUUUAACAUUCAGCACUGCGCGUAUGGAGCAUAGUUCCACCUACAGAGUUGUCGUAAGCAACGAAGCUGGUAAAGAAGAAUGUUCAUGUAAGGUUGUGGUAGAAAAGAAAUUGGAGAAAAAACAAGAAGAAGAGGCUGCGGAUGUAAAGAAGAAGACGGAAGAAGAAAAGUUAGAAGAGCAAAAAGAGACAGAAGAAAAAAUGACUAAUGGCACUGAGAAAGAAAGUCCAAUUGACCAAAACGAAAAGACUACUAAAAAGGCCGAAGACAAAAAAGCAUCCACCCAAAAAGAAGCCGAAGCCGCUAAAAACAUUCCUGAUAAGGUCACUGAGAAAUCCAUAGAAUUAGAAAAUAAGAAAGAAGAAGAACCCAAAGACAGCAAGAAGGAAACCAAAACACCAAAAACCAAAGAAUCUACUGAAAAGAAGUCACAAGAGCCCAAACCAAAGGAUGAGGAAACUAAAAAACCCAAAGCAAAGAUUCAAGAAAAAUCAAUUACUGAUGACAAAAAGGAGUCACCACAAGAGAAGCCUAAGGAAACUAAAGAAAAAAUUGUGCCAGAAAAACAAAUUAAGGAUGACCGAAAAGAAUCGGUAGACGAAAGUGCUGCUAAAGAAAAAAUAUCUGAAAAGAAAAAACCUGCCGAACCUAAACCUACCGAAACUAAACUUACCGAAACUAAACCUGCCGAAAAUAAACCUACAGAGCCAAAGAAACCUGAAGAAUCCACCAAAGUUGAGAGCGUUAAAGGUAAAACGCAAGCAACUAAAAAAGAUAAUGGUCCUGAAGAUAACCAAGACAUUCCAGAAAAGAAAGAGUUAUUCGAAAAAAUUGGUUUCAAAAAGGUUGAACAAAAAGCAAUCCCACGAAAGGUGGUUGACGAGCCAAAAGCCGUGGAAGAAUUUCCCAAACUCAGGAAGACUUCCAUUGCACAACCGAAAGAAGAGCCUAAGCCGGAGCCAACAAAACCUAAGACUAAGACAAAGACUAAACCCAAAUCCACGUAUGAAGAUCUUCCCGAAAUUCCAGACUAUGAACGUCCGCAGUUAGAAAAAUAUGAAAAAUCUGAGUUUGAUCCUUCAGACUUUAGCAGGGAACUAAAUAUUCCUAACAAAAUGGAAAAGCCUAUUUUAGACACUGCAAAGAAAACAAAGGAAGUAGUCGAGAAAACUGCAUUGCCAAAGAUUCAAACACCAGAAGAAAAAACUGUUGAGCAACCUAAAGGAUUUAAGGUUGGUAAGGGUAAAUUGAUAGAAGAUACUACCAAAAAAGAUUCUGCGACAUUGAAGCCGGUUAUAGUUGUUCCUGAGAAAUUGACCCCCGUUGAAGAAACUAAACCCGCCGAGACUGAUGUACCAAAAGUUCCUAAAGUUACACCACCAGCCCCGGGUGAGCCACCUAAAAUAGAAGUUAUACGUGAAAAGAGGCCAUCACUAGUACCUGAGCCAACCAGUAGACGAGGAUCUUUGGUGCCACCAGAAACGGGUCGUCGUCCGUCAUUAAUAAUUAACGAUGAGAAAAAACUUCGCCCUGGAGAAGUAAUGGACACGAAGCAUUUGAGACCUGGAGAAGUUGCUGAAGGACAGCAGGCAAGCAAACAACGUUCUUGGGAAAUGGGUGAUUCAAAACAGAAACGUCGUCCGUCGAUAGAUGUUCGCCGCCCAAGCAUACAGGAUCUUGAAGAUCUUAUUAAUAAGCCAUCAACACCUUUACGGGAAAUUGGUGAUGGCGGACCACCACAAAUUUUGGAUGUUCAGGAGUCGUAUUCGGUUGUCGAAGAUUCGACAGCCUAUAUGACGGUAGGUGUUGAAGGCAAUCCGGCUCCGACAUUUAAAUUUUACAAGGGCGUUAGUGAAAUCCUCGAGGGUGGCCGUUACAAGUUCUUAACAGAUGGCCAAACAAAUACCAUCACAUUAUGUAUGCGUAAGUGUAAGCCCAACGACGAAGGAAAAUACAAAGUUGUCGUAUCAAAUAUCCAUGGCGAAGAUUCCGCUGAAAUGCAGUUAUAUGUUUCGGAUUCAAGUGGCAUGGAUUUCCGCGCCAUGCUAAAGAAGCGUCGUUAUCAAAAAUGGGACAAAGAACAAGAAGAUCCAAAUUGGGGUGAUCUUAAGGAAACAGAAAAACCUAUUCCCGCACUUAAAAAAGUUGAAAGGAAGCAAGAAUCGUUCUUAAGUCCAUUGAUUGACCAGUUUGCAAAGGAGGGAAAAGACAAGAAAGUCGUGUUUGAAGCGCGCUUCAGCAAGCCAAAUUGCAAACCAAAGUGGCUCUUCCGCAAAGACGAAUGCUUCCCUGGCAGCAAGUACAAAUUCAAAAAUGAGAAUGAUACAUACCAGCUUAUUAUAUCAACUCCAAAAGUUGAAGAUACUGGAAAGUACACCAUAGAGAUUGGAGGCGUUUCAACUACUGCGUUUUUGAACGUAGAAGAAGCUGACCCAUCCUAUACAUUCACGAAGACACUGAAAAAGAAAAUGGAUGGUUUUACUCAACAUGAAACAAGCUUGGAGUGCUCAGUUAGUAGUAGCAUGGCUAAUGUCACUUGGUUGAAGGAUGGGGUCAAAAUCGAAUCGGACAAUCCCCGGUAUCUUAUUUCAAAGGAUAUCAAUGGCAAUCUGAAGCUCAUUAUAAAGGAAUGUGUGUUGGAAGAUUCUGGUGUUUAUACAUGUCAAUUAGACAAACAGCCCGACAAGACAGAAUGCAAAUUGAAGGUUGUCGAAUAUCCAUACAAAUUUGUCAAGGUAUUAAAGUCGCAGCAAUGCGUUGAGAAAGACACAGUUACCUUGGCUUGUGAAAUCGAUGACGCAGCCGGUGAAGUGCAAUGGUGGCGAAAUGAUGAGGAAAUUAAGCCUGAUAAACGCAUUCAGAUAGUUAAGGAUGGACGCAAACGCAAGUUAAUUAUAAAAGACUGCAAAGUGGCUGAUUCCGCAAUGUUCAAAUGUACUACAAAUGCAGAUAAAACCGAAGGCGAAAUUAUCAUUAAUUAUCAAAAUCGAUUUAACAAACAGCUUAAGAAUACAGAUGCAGUAGAAAGAGAAAAACUUGUAUUAGAAGUAGAAUUACAGGACCAGACAGCACCUUGUAUUUGGAAAUUUAAUGGCGAACCCAUCGAACCAAACGAUCGCAUUGAAAUUAAAAAUCUUGGCGGUGGUAAACAUCAAUUGGUAUUCAAUAGCUUAGAUAUGAAAGAUGCUGGUGAUAUAACCUGUGAAUCUGGUCAAUUAGUCUCAUCCUGUAAAUUAUCAGUUCGCAAGGGAGAAAGUAAGCCAAAUAUCGAUUGUCCAGACGUGUUUAACGGGCCAAUAUCCAGUCCAAUAGUAAUUGAAGUGCCAUACAAGGUUCUCGGCACUAAACAAACACCAGUUGAAGCUAAACUUAUGAAGGAUGGCAAACCUAUACCCGUUAAAGACGUAGAAGUUGCCAUAACCGAUGACAAAGUUACUUUCAAAAUUAAAAGACCAACCCGCGAAAUGUCAGGGCCAUACCAAAUUAAACUUUCGAAUGGGCAAGGUGAUGAUGUUAAAGAUGUGAAAAUUAUAUGCCAAGACGUGCCUCAACCACCAAGUGAUGUUGACGUUACCGACGUCUAUCAGACAUCUUGCAAAAUUAAAUUUACCGCUCCAAAAGAUGAUGGCGGCUCACCUAUUACGAAAUACGUAAUUGAAAGACAAGAUUUAAGUAAGAAACAGGUAUGGGAGCCCAUUGCAGAUGUACUACCAGAUGAGCCAUGCACAAAAAGUAUUGAAGAUUUGGUUCCGAAGAAACAGUACAGAUUCCGCAUUCGCGCUGUCAAUGCUAUCGGUUCCUCGGAGCCAGCAACUUUCAAGAAUACAAUUUUGGCUAAAGACCCAUGGGACGAGCCUGGAAAACCCAAAAAUGUUGACCUUACAGAUUGGGACAAAGAUCAUGCUGAUUUGAAAUGGGAGGCUCCCGAAAAUGAUGGCGGUGACGAAAUCACCUCUUACGUCAUUGAAUAUAAGGAGAAAUUCUCUAAUGAUUGGGUAACCGGAAAAGAGGUUAAUGGCGAUGCACGAUCCGGUACCGUUGAUGGUCUAAAAGAAGGCCAACAAUAUGAAUUCCGCGUACGUGCUGUAAACAGAGCCGGCCCAGGCGAACCCAGCGACAAAACAAAAGCUAUUAUUGCCAAAUGUCGUUUCGUUAAACCAUUCAUUGUUGGCGAUGAUCUUAAGAAUAUAACUGUUAAAAAGGGUCAAACUAUACGCUAUGAGAUCAAAUACGACGGAGAACCAGAACCCGAAGUUGCCUGGUAUAAAGGGUCACAACGAUUGGUCUUUGAUAAUCAGCGCAUAUGCUCUCAUCAAAUGGAACGAGUUACAUCUAUAACAAUUAAAAAGGCCUUGCGUACAGAUACAGACACAUAUAAACUGGUUCUUACAAACAGUUCUGGUACUAUAGAAACCAAAGCACAGGUAGUUGUCUUGGAUCGGCCACUUGCUCCUCGUGGACCGCUGGUUCCCAAAGAAGUUCGGGCCGAUCAUGUGACUGUGUCAUGGAAUCCACCCGAAGACGAUGGAGGCUGUGAAAUAACUGGCUACGCUAUGGAGCGUAUGGACGAAGAGACAGGUAGAUGGAUACCAGCAGGAGAGGUAGGUCCAAACGAUACGUCGUUCAACUUUAAGGGACUUACACCGGGAAAGAAGUACAAGUUCCGUGUGAAAGCUAUUAACAAAGAAGGCGAGUCUGAUCCUUUAGAAUGUGAUGAGGCAAUUGUCGCCAAGAAUCCUUAUGAUCCUCCAAGUGCUCCCGGCAAACCCGUUAUAGAUGACUACGACAAUAAGAGCGUAACGUUGAAAUGGAAAAUUCCACCCUCCGAUGGUGGUCGUCCAAUUACGCACUACGUUAUUGAGCAAAAGGAUAAGUUCUCACCAGCAUGGACGGAAGUAGCGAAAACUGAAGGACCCACACCCGAAUGUAAAGUUGAAAAUCUCAAAGAAAAGAUGGUAUAUAAUUUCCGUGUAAGGGCGGUGAACAAAGCGGGACCAUCAGAUCCUUCAGAACCUACGGAUAACCAUAUUUGCAAGCACAAAAACUUGAAACCUGAAAUCGAUCGGUCUACAUUUAAGCGUGUCACUAUAAAAAGUGGCCGUACUCACAAAUGGUCCGUCGAUGUUAUUGGUGAACCGGUCCCUGUCCUUAGUUGGAGUUGGCGAGAUAAUGUUCCAUUGACCACAGGUGAUCGUAUCAAAAUUGAAAAUGUCGAUUACCAUACAGACUUCACAAUAUCAAAUGUUGUAAGAAAGGACAGUGGCAAGUAUACCUUAAAGGCAGAAAAUCGUGUAGGUGUAGAUACAGAGACGAUUGAACUGAUAGUUUUGGGCAAGCCCAGCAGUCCGAAGGGACCAUUAGCAGUGAACGAUGUGACUGCAACAGGCUGCAACUUACAAUGGAAGAAGCCCGACGAUGAUGGUGGCAUUCCAAUUAAAGAAUAUGUUGUGGAAAAGAUGGAUACAGCCACUGGUAAAUGGGUUCGUAUUGGGCGUUCCCCUGGAGAAAAGGAACCUCCCAGCUUUGCUGUUACUGGCUUAAACCCUGGCUCAGAAUACAUGUUUAGGGUUUCUGCAGUUAAUGAGGAAGGCGAAUCAGAACCAUUGACUACCUUGGUUGGCGUGGUUGCAAAGGAUCCCUACGAUGAACCUAAUAAGCCAGGCACUCCAGAAGUGACGGAUUAUGACAACGAAAGUGUCUCUUUGAAAUGGACUAGCCCUACCAACGAUGGCGGUGCUCCAAUUGAAAAAUAUAUUAUUGAGAAAAAACCUAAGAAUCAAAAGAAUUGGGAGAAAGCCCUUGAGGUACCUGGUGACAAAUUAGAAGCAAAAGUUGGUGAUCUCCAGGAGUACGAGGAAUAUCAAUUCCGUAUUAUUGCUGUUAAUAAGGCGGGACCGUCACAGCCCUCCGACGCCAGUGCGCCACAGAUAGUUAAAUACAAAAAACUUAAACCAAGAAUUGAUCGCACCAAUCUAAAACCAUUGCUUAUUCGUUCCGGAAAACCAAUCAAAUACGACGUUAAUGUUCGCGGUGAACCUGUUCCCACAAUAACCUGGUAUCACGGCGACCAAUUACUUAAACCUGAGGAUCUACCAUCCAACUUUGAUAUCAAGAAUAUUCCUCACAACACCAAAAUUUCCAUCACAGAUGCUGUUCGCAAGCACACUGGCAUAUAUAAGAUACGUGCCGUUAACGAACACGGUGAAGAUGAGGCAACUGUUGAAGUUAAUGUGCUAGGUGCUCCGGGAAAACCCAAGGGUCCAUUGAAAGUGGAAAAUAUUACAAAGGACGGCUGCAAAUUGAAGUGGAAAAAACCAGAAGAUGAUGGCGGAAAACCAAUAACUGCAUAUCAAGUCGAAAAGUUCGAUAAGAAAAAUGGGCGUUGGGUACCCGUUGGUCGUAUACCCGGAAACGAAACUGAAAUGGAUGUCAAGGGGCUGCAAGAAGGUCAUGAAUAUCAAUUCCGAGUGAGAGCCAUAAACGAAGAAGGAGAAUCGGAUCCUUUGGAGACCGAUCAUAGCAUUAUUGCCAAAAAUCCUUACGACACUUCUGAUAGGCCUGGCAAACCCAAAGUUGUGGACUAUGACAAAGAUUUCAUUAAGUUGUCCUGGGAACCACCUAUGGAUAACGGAGGGGCACCCAUUACAGGUUAUGUCAUAGAAAAGAAAGACAAAUACUCACCACAUUGGGAUGAGGUUCUCACCACAGAUACACCUGCUACCCAGGCUACCGUUGAUGGUCUUACUGAGGGUAACGUUUACCAGUUUCGAGUUAGAGCUGUCAAUAAAGCAGGUGUUAGCGAACCCAGUGAUGGCUCUGAUCCACAAAUGGCUAAGCCAAGAAAUUUAAAACCGCUUAUAAACAGGGAGAAAAUGAAACCACUUAAAGUACGUGCGGGUCAAACAGUGAAGUUUGAUGUCGAUGUAAAGGGUGAACCGGCACCCACUCUAACUUGGUUCUUUAAGGAUUCCGAGAUAAUACCUAUCGAUGGGAUACGUAUUGAAUCUGAAGAUUACAAUACCAAAAUAACACUACUGGACUCUACUCGAAAAGCGAGUGGAAUAUAUAAGCUCAAAGCCGAGAACAUAAAUGGCGUUGAUGAGGCAGAAGUAGAUGUAACUGUUUUGGAUAAACCUUCGAAACCGGAAGGUCCACUAGAAGUAAGCGACAUCUAUAAUGAUAGAUGUAAACUUAAGUGGAAAAAACCAUUGGAUGAUGGCGGAAUUCCCAUUACCGGUUAUUUGAUUGAAAAACUGGAUACAGCUACAGGCCGUUGGGUCCCAGCAGGAACCGCCGAUCCUGAAAAGACUGAACAAGACAUUAAGGGUUUGGAGCCAAACCACAGAUACCAGUUCAGAGUAAGAGCAAUUAAUGAUGAAGGAGAAUCAGACCCAUUAGAAACUGAUUCGGCUAUAACUGCCAAAAAUCCCUACGAUGUAUCAGCUCCUCCAGGCCUUCCAGAAUUGGAAGAUUGGGAUGAGCACCAUGUUAAGCUGAAGUGGGAACCUCCAAUACGCGAUGGUGGCGCACCAAUAACCAGCUACACUAUUGAAGUUAUGGAUAAGGAUUCCGGAGAAUUUGUCAAAGCAUUUGAAACUGAAGGGCCUGUAUGCAAGGGGGUCGUCAAGAAACUAGAAGAGGGACACCAAUAUAAAUUCCGUGUCCGAGCAAACAACAAAGCUGGCGCGUCCGAACCCUCAGAACAAACGAACUGGCAUACUGCUAAACCUCGUUACCUUAAACCACAUAUUGAUAGAACCAAGUUGAAUCCUUUGACCGUCAAGGUUGGUCUCUCUAUUGACUUAGAUAUCAAUAUUAAAGGAGAACCAGCACCACAGGUUGAGUGGUUCUUCAAAGAUGGCCCUGUUAACGACGAGGGUAUAAAGAUUGAAAAUGUUGAUUAUAACACGAAGUUGUUUGUCAUGCGCGCAAAACGACCAAUGUCAGGAAAAUAUACAAUUAAAGCCACAAAUGAAGUUGGUGAAGAUGUUGCCGAACUUGAUAUUACUGUAUUGGGAAAACCAAGUAAACCUAAAGGGCCAUUACAAGUCAAUGAUAUUACUAAACAUGGCUGCAAAUUGAAAUGGGAGGCUCCCGAAGACAAUGGCGGCUGUCCUAUCGAUUAUUAUGAAAUUGAAAAACUUGACCCACAUACAGGUCAAUGGUUGCCAUGUGGAAAGAGUGGCGAGCCAAGUGCCAGAAUCACGGGCUUACAAGAAGGAAAAGAAUAUAAGUUCAGGGUCCGUGCGGUAAACAAGGAAGGAGAGUCUGAAGAUCUGGAAACAGAUAAACCAAUUAUUGCUAAGAAUCCAUUUGAUGAACCUGGAAAGCCUGGUCGACCUGAGCCCACAAAUUGGGACAAAGAUUUCGUAGAUCUAGCCUGGGAUCCACCAAAGGAUGAUGGCGGCGCACCAAUUGAAAAGUAUAUAAUUCAAAUGCGUGAUAAAUCCGGUAGGGCUUGGGUGGAUGCUGCUAUUACUCUGGGCAAUACUCCCAAAGGAACAGUGACUAAUGUUGAAGAAGGACACGAAUACGAAUUCAGAGUUGUUGCUGUAAACAAAGCAGGCCCAAGUGAUCCAAGCGAUGUCUCUAAAUCGGUCAUUGCAAAACCACGUUUCUUGAAACCUCACAUCGACAGACGAAAUUUACAAAAGAAAACACUAAGAAGUGGUCAAAUGCUGCAUGUUGAUUCAGUUGUUAAGGGAGAGCCACCAGCAAUUGUAACAUGGACUUAUAAUGACGAAGUUCUGAAAACAACGGAAAGAAUUAAAAUUGAGAAUGAAGAUUAUAAGACGACUUUGAUAAUUCCCAAAGUUAAGCGAUCGGACAGAGGUAUCUACAUAGUUACCGCCAAAAAUGACUCCGGUGUAGACACAGUUGAAAUGGAGUUAGAAGUUUUGUGCAGACCCAAAUCGCCUAAAGGACCUUUAGCUGUUUCUGAUGUUAGUGCUGACGGUGUUACCCUUAAAUGGGAAAAACCAGAAGAUGACGGCGGGGUACCUAUUGAGCACUAUGUUGUUGAACGAAUGGACACGGAGACAGGAAGAUGGGUACCAGUUCUAACAACCAAAACUCCGGAAGCAGAAGUUACAGGUCUUACAGAAGGAAAGGAAUAUAUGUUCAGAGUAAAAGCUGUAAAUGCUGAAGGUGAAUCAGAACCAUUGGUUACAGAUGUUCCCACCCUUGCCAAAAAUCCAUUUGAUCCUGCUGAAGCUCCUGGAAAGCCACAAAUCGUAGACUGGUCAGAAAAACACGUUGACUUAAAAUGGAAGAUACCUGACGAUGAUGGUGGAGCUCCAAUUACAGGUUAUAUAAUUGAGAAGAAGGAUUGCAACACAGGAAAAUGGCAAAAGGCAAUGGAAACGAAAUCGACUACACCAAGUGCUCGUGUUAAUGAUCUGAUUGAGGGUACCAAAUACCAAUUCCGAGUUAAAGCCAUAAACAAAGCUGGAGAAAGCAAACCAUCAGAGCCUUCAGAUCCAGUUGUUGCAAAAUGUCGCUUUGCACCACCAAAAAUAGAUCGUAGCAAUAUCAAAGAUAUUACCAUUAAGUUUGGUGCUCAUGUUCGUCUUGAUAUUAAAAUAUCUGGAGAGCCUCCUGCAACUAAAUCCUGGUUCCACAACAAAGCUCGCAUUGAAGGUGAUGACGUUAAUAUUGACUUGGAACCAUAUAAAACCAAAUUAACAAUUCCAUUUGCAAAACGGCUGCACACUGGAACGUAUACCAUAAAGGCUGAGAAUGAGUCAGGUCGCGAUGAAGCAUCUUUCCAAGUGAACGUUUUGGACCGACCCGAUAAGCCAGAAGGACCUCUGCGUAUCACGGAUGUGCAGAAAGAAGGUUGUAAAUUAAAGUGGAAUCCACCUCUAGAUACUGGCGGCUUGCCAAUUGAAUAUUAUAUAGUGGAGAAAAUGGAUGUAGAUACUGGUCGUUGGCUUCCGGCUGUACGCGUAAAAGAACCAUUUGCGGAAGUAAAUAACUUGGUAGAAGGUCAAGAGUAUAAAUUCCGUGUAGUUGCUGUAAACACCGAAGGAGAGUCUGAACCUUUGGACGGAGAUCACUCAAUCGUUGCUAAGAAUCCAUUUGACGUACCAGGAAAGCCUGGUGUUCCCGAUCCUGUUGAUUGGGAUAAGGAUCACGUGGAUCUUGUUUGGAAACCUCCAAUUAAUGAUGGCGGAUCUCCUGUGACCGCGUAUUCCAUUGAACAGAAGGAGGAAGGUUCAGACAAAUGGAUUAAGGCUAUUGAAGUACCCGCGCCCCCUUCAGGCGAAGAAUGCAAGGCCACAGUACCCUACUUAGAUGAAAACUGUAAAUACGAAUUUAGAGUGAAAGCAAUAAAUGCCGCAGGUCCUGGUGAACCUUCAAAUGCAAGUAGACCAGUAGUAACAAAACCAUCGAAACUGGCCCCCAAAAUCGAUAGGCGUAAUAUUCACACAUAUAAUCUGAAAGCGGGAGAAUCUUUGCAUUUGGAUGUCGUGGUCGAUGGUGAGCCAGCGCCUGAAAUAUACUGGACGCAAAAUGGAAAAACAAUUCAGCAAUCAUCUUCUAAAAUGGUUGAAUGCGUCCCCAAUAAAACAAAAUAUAUCAAUUCAAAUCUUGAGAGGAAAGACACUGGACUAUACAAAAUUGUGGCUUCAAACUUAUAUGGGCACGAUGAAGUGGAGUUCAACAUAAAUGUCAUCACAAAACCAUCGAAACCCGAAGGUCCUUUAGAAGUAUCAAACAUUCGGAAAGAUGGAUGCAAGCUUAAAUGGAAGAAACCCAAAGAUGAUGGUGGUGAACCAAUUGAUGGUUACGUGGUUGAAAAGUAUGAUCCCUCUGAAGGUGUUUGGAUUCAGUGCGGAAAAUCCGAUGUUCCUGAAUUCGAUGUAGAAGGAUUGAAACCUGGCAAUGAAUAUAAAUUUAGAGUUAAAGCUGUUAACAAAGAGGGCGAAUCCGAACCCCUAGAAACUCUAGGAACUAUUGUUGCUAAGGAUCCAUUUACAACCCCGUCCCAGCCAGGCGUUCCUGAACCAACAGACUGGACAUCGAGUAAAGUUGAAUUGGCAUGGCCAGAACCCGCCAGUGAUGGUGGAUCUCCAAUCACGGGCUAUAUCAUUGAAAAGAAAGAUAAGUAUAGCCCUCUAUGGGAGAAAGCUCUGGAAACAGACAGUGCCACUCCAUUUGCCACUGUUCAUGGACUCGUCGAAGGAAAUGAGUAUCAAUUUAGAGUUAUUGCUGUGAAUAAUGCAGGACAUUCAGAACCUUCGGAUUCGAGUAAAACGUUUGUGGCUAAGCCACGCUUCCUUGAACCGAAAAUUGAUCGUCGUUAUCUUCGAGAUACAAGAAUAUCAGCUGGAUCUCCUUUGAAGUUGGAAGCAAAUAUAACGGGAGAACCCGCUCCAAAAGUCGAGUGGAGAUUUGCAAACUGUCCAUUGCAUAGUGGCAAUACCAUUACUAUCGAUUCACCUGAUUACUUUACAAAAUUGGUUAUACGUCCGGCACAAAGAUCCGACUCGGGAGAAUACGUUGUAACCGCAACAAAUAGUUCUGGCAAAGAUACCGUUAGAAUUAAUGUCACUGUAACUGAUAAACCAACAGCGCCCACAGGACCUUUGAAUAUAUCAGAUGUUCACAAAGAAGGAUGCCAUCUCAAAUGGAAACGACCUCAAGACGAUGGUGGAAUUCCAAUUGAAUACUUCCAAGUUGAAAAACUAGAUCUUGAAACUGGCUGCUGGGUGCCAUGCUGCCGUUCAACAGAACCUCAGGUUGACGUUGUAGGUCUCAAACCUGGAAAUGAAUAUAAAUUUAGAGUUUCGGCAAUUAAUGCUGAGGGAGAAUCUGAAUUCUUGACCGGAGAUGAAUCUAUUAUUGCUAAAAAUCCAUUCGAUGAGCCUGAUAAACCACAAAACGUCCAUCCUACUGACUGGGACAAGGAUCACAUUGACUUAGCCUGGAUUGCUCCCGUAAACGAUGGCGGAUCUCCCAUUACGGGAUAUAUUGUUGAAAUGAGAGACAAAUACGGUCACUGGGAAAAGGCUUUAGAAGUUCCACCAGACACUACCAAGGCCUCGGUCACCAAUGUUGUUGAAGGCCAAACAUACGAAUUCCGUGUACUUGCCGUCAAUGCAGCCGGCCCUAGUGAGCCAUCCGAUGCAACACAGCCCAUAACUGCGAAACCUCGUAACAAAGCGCCACUUAUUGAUCGAACAAAUCUAUCCGAAGUUCGUAUCAAGGCCGGUCAAUCCUUUGGCUUUGAAUGCAAAAUAUCUGGCGAACCAGCACCAAAAACGAAAUGGAUCCAUUCGAAAAAAGAAGUGUAUACCAAAGAUAAUGUCAAGGUUGCCCAUGUUGAUUACAACACAAAACUAAAAGUUUCAAACGCUACCAGAGCAGAUUCAGGAAUAUACACCAUUCAUGCUGAAAAUGAUAGCGGAACUGACAGCGCAGAUGUAAAAGUAAUUGUGAUCGAUAGACCAUCACCUCCUAACGGACCACUCAAAAUUGAUAAUGUACAUGCCAACGGUUGUUCACUUAAAUGGAAUCCACCUGAUGAUGAUGGUGGACAACCAAUUUUAUCCUAUGUAAUUGAGAAAUAUGACGAAUUAAUAGGCCGCUGGACUCCAGCCGGUGAAACUGAUGAUAACACCCCAGCCUUCGAUGUUAAAGGUUUGACACCUGAUCACAAAUACAAAUUUAGGGUUCGCGCCAAAAAUCGACAAGGUAUAUCCGACCCUCUGACGUCUACACAGCCAAUGUUAGCCAAAAAUCCAUUUGACGAACCCUCAAAGCCCGGUGCACCGGUUAUCAAGGACUACGACACAGAUUUUGUAGACUUAGAAUGGACCCGCCCUGAAUGCAAUGGAGGCUCGCCAAUAACGGGAUACAUUAUUGAGAAGCGAGAUAAAUUUUCACUUGAUUGGGAGCCUUGUGCUCAAAUCGAAGGUGAUGUCACAUCUGGACAUGUACCAGAUUUAAUAGAAGGAAACAAAUACGAAUUCCGUGUUCGCGCUGUUAAUAAAGCUGGACCAGGAGAACCAAGUGAUGCAUCGGCAUCCCAUAUUGCACGACCAAGAAAUGUCCCACCUGUAAUUGAUCGCAACUUCAUGUCAGAUAUAAAAAUACGUGCUGGCAACAGCUUUGACUUUGAUGUUCCAGUGAGUGGUGAACCGGAUCCUACAAAGGAAUGGUCCCAAGACAACAAUUUCAUAAUAAAUACGGACCGUGUGAAGAUAGUUAAUGAUAAUAAUAGAACUAAAUUACGCGUCAUUGAUGCUAAGCGCUCGGACUCUGGUGAAUAUACACUUGUAGCUCGAAAUAUCAACGGAAUGGACAAAGCUAGCGUUAAAGUAAUAAUUUUGGAUGUUCCAUCGGCGCCAGAAGGACCACUACGUGCCGAUGACAUAACUAAGAGCUCAGCUACUAUUCGCUGGCGACCUCCUAGAGAUGAUGGCGGUUCCGAAAUCACACAUUACAUUGUGGAGAAAAUGGAUACGGAUGCUAUGCGUUGGGUUCCAGUUGGAGAGUCCACAGAUUGUCAAAUUCGUGCCGAUAAUUUGAUAGAAGGACACGACUACAACUUCAGAGUAAGAGCUGUUAAUAAACAGGGUACUUCUCAACCGUUGCUGUCCUCCCAAUGUGUCACUAUUAAAGAUCCAUUCUGCCGUCCUGAUAAGCCAGGUCAGCCACAAGCUGUUGACUGGGGCAAAGAUUUUGUGGACCUCGAGUGGCCAGCCCCCAAAAGAGAUGGCGGCGCUCCUAUUACUGGUUACAUCAUAGAGAAGAAACCCAAAUUUGGACAGUGGGAGAGGGCCCUCGAUGAACCGGUUACACAAACGAAAGCUCAUAUACCAAAUCUUACUGAGGACUGCGAAUAUGAAUUCAGAGUUAUUGCGGUAAAUAAGGGUGGACGAAGCGAUCCAUCAGAUCCGACUGUACCCAUAACUUGUAGACCACGCUUCUUAGCUCCAUUCUUUGACAAGUCACUUAUGCCUGAUAUUACUGUACACGCUGGCAAACAUCUUGGAUGGAAAUUGCCAAUCGUCGCAUCACCUGCUCCUACAAUAACUUGGUUAUUCAAUGGCCAAAAAAUUGAACCUUCUCCACGAAUUGAUAUGCACAUAUUCCAAAAUGAACUAACAUUUGAAAUUUCAAAUGCACUGAGAAGUGACGAAGGCAGAUAUACAUUGAUAUUGAAAAAUGAGCAUGGUUCGUUUGAUGCAUCAGCACAUGCAACUGUACUCGAUCGCCCAGGAAUACCAGUUGGCCCAUUAGAUGUGAGCAGGGUUACUCGCGAAGGAUGUCAUCUUUCAUGGAACGUACCAAAUGAUGAUGGAGGUUCUCCAAUAUUAUAUUACAAAAUUGAAAAAAUGGAUUUAUCGCGUGGAACCUGGUCUGAUGUUGGCAUAAGUAAUCAUACUGUCUAUGAUGUUACACGCCUAACACACCGAAAGGAAUACCUAUUCCGAGUUAAAGCCGUUAAUGCUAUUGGAGAAUCGGAUGCAUUGGAGGCCAACAAGAGUAUAGUUGCUAAAAACGAAUUCGAUGAGCCCGAUGCACCCGGCAAGCCAGACAUUAUGGAUUGGGACCGCGAUCAUGUGGAUCUUCAGUGGGCGACUCCAAAAUCAGAUGGUGGAUCUCCCAUUACUGAAUAUAUUAUACAAAAGAAGGAAAGGGGAAGUCCUUAUUGGGUAAAUGCUGUACACGUUCCACCAAACAGCAACACGGCCACCGUACCUGACUUAACCGAAGGACAAGAAUAUGAAUUUAGAAUUAUUGCAGUCAAUAAGGCCGGACCAUCUGAGCCAUCGGAAAGCUCGGAUAUGGUACAAGCCAGAUGUAGGCACUUAGCACCAAAGAUUAUUACUCCAUUGAAAGAGCUUCGCACUAAAGCAGGUCUUAUACUGCACGGUGAUAUUUCCUUCAUUGGCGAACCUAUACCAGAAGUCAUAUGGGAACGUAAUAACGUACCACUGUCAAGUAAUGAACGCUUCAGUAUUAACUCCGUUGGAUACCACACAAUUAUUCAUAUUGUAAACUGCCAACGAGCUGACUCUGGUCGAUAUCAUUUGCUUCUUCGAAAUGAUUCCGGUACGGAUGAAGGCGACCUGGAUAUUGUUAUUUUGGAUUGUCCUGGUGCACCAAUUGGACCACUUCAGUAUGAAGAAAUAACAGCAAACUCUGUCACAGUGUCAUGGAAACCACCUACAGAUGAUGGUGGCUCUGAAAUAACGGGCUAUGUUAUCGAAAAGCGCGAUUUAACUCAUGGCGGGGGCUGGGUUCCAGCAGUUACUUACAUUAAUGCUAAAUAUAACCAUUCAGUUGUGCCACGCCUACUUGAAGGCACGCAAUAUGAAUUUAGAGUAAUGGCAGAAAACGCACAAGGUCGAUCGCUGCCAUUGACAUCGGACAAUCCUAUAUUUGCGAGAAACCAAUAUACAGUUCCAGGAGCUCCCAGCAAACCUGAAAUUACAGACAGCGAUAGAGAUUUCAUAUCAUUUAAAUGGUCUCCUCCUAUUAGCAAUGGUGGAUCUCCUAUUAUUGGCUAUGAUAUCGAGCGCCGAGAUGUUGCAACUGGCCGUUGGAUGAAAAUCAAUAGUGAUCCGGUUCCAAAUACAAAGUACACUGAUGAUCGCGUGAAAGAGGAUCAUCAAUACCAGUACCGAGUAUCUGCUGUAAACGCCGCUGGUAAUGGAAAACCAUCCGAUUCGUCUGCUGUAUUCUGCGCCAAACCUAUGAGAGAAAAACCACGUUUGAAUUUGGAUGGCAUUAUGGGACGCAAGAUCAAAUUGCGGGCUGGAGAGACUCUUAACCUUAAUAUACCGAUUUCGGGAGCCCCAACGCCAUCAGUUGAAUGGAAACGCGGUGAUCUAAAACUUCCACAAACUAACCGUAUAUCCUACAAUACGAAUAAUGGGUUCACUGUACUGCGUAUUGAAGAUAUUGCUAGAGAAGAUGGUGGUGUUUACAAUGUUGCCUUAAGUAAUGAAUACGGAAAAGAUGCUGCAGAUAUUGAAAUUAUUGUUGUUAAUAAACCAUCUCCACCGUUGGGUCCCUUGCAGUACAUUGAAACGGCAAAUGACCACAUUUCACUCAUGUGGAAUCCACCUAAGGACGACGGUGGAAGUGAAAUUGUGGGUUAUAUUAUUGAAGUAGCUGAAUAUGGUUCCGAUGUCUGGCGCCCAGUCUCGGGUUACUGUCCUAAGACCAAUUAUACCGUCAAAGGGCUUUCCGAGGGGAAAAAAUAUGUUUUCCGCGUUAAAGCUGAAAACAUAUAUGGUGUAUCUGAGCCCUUAGAGGGCAAACCAGUGGUUGCGAAAUCGCCAUUUGACCCUCCUGGCCCUCCCAGCCAGCCAAAGGUUACUGCUUAUUCACCUAGUUCAGCAAGUUUAGAAUGGCAUCCACCAGAAUAUUGUGGUGGUAAACCUAUCAACGGUUAUAUAGUUGAGCGAAGGGAACGUGGAGGCGAAUGGAUAAAAUGCACGAACUAUCCUACACCGAAUACAAGCUUCACUGUGUUAAACUUACACGAUGGUGGACGUUAUGAGUUCCGAGCAAUUGCUGUAAACGAUGCCGGACCAGGACAGCCUUCUAAACCUUCGGAUAGUAUAACUGCUGAACUGCAAAGAAAUGUUCCGGACGCCCCUGAAGCACCUAAUACUGACCGCAUAACUAAGGGCAGUGUAACUCUUUCUUGGCGACCUCCAAGAAAUGACGGCAGAUCGAAAGUGAAGGGGUAUUUCCUUGAAAUGAAACCCAAGAAUUCUAACAAUUGGGAAAUGGUAAAUGAGCUUCCAAUACGGGGUACGAUUCACACAAUUCCUAAUUUACGGGAAGGCGAAGAGUACACAUUCCGAGUAAUAGCUCUAAACGACGUCGGUCGUUCGAAUCCUUCAAAACCAUCUCAGCCCGUCAUUGUUGAAGAACAACCCAACAAGCCUUGCAUGGACUUAGGAGGUGUAAGAGAUAUAGAAUGCCGAGCGGGCGAAGAUUUUAGCAUUCAUGUCCCAUAUGUAGGCUUCCCGAAACCAACCUCUCAAUGGCAUGCCAACGACAUCCUUCUUCAAGAUGAUGGAAAGCGCUUGUUCCAUCGUUUGACUGAUGACGCAGCAUCUCUUAUAGUUAAGAAUUCAAAUCGUUCCGAUACUGGACAAUACAGGCUACAGUUAAGAAAUCCGUCCGGCUUUGAUACAUGUACUGUAAACGUCAGGGUAUUGGAUCGCCCGCUUCCUCCGACAAACUUGCAUGCUGAUGAAUUUGCUGGCGAUGCUUUGACUUUAUAUUGGCAUCCUCCUAAGGAUGAUGGUGGCUCACCGAUUACAAAUUAUAUUAUUGAAAAGAAGGAAGCAAUGUCCUCUAAUUGGACUAAGGUUAAUAGUUACUGUACAGUUCCAUUUGUACGCAUUCGAAAUUUGGCAAUCGGAAGGGAGUACGACUUCCGAGUAAUCGCCGAAAAUAAAUACGGCAAAUCUGAUCCUGCAUCUACUUCUGAACCAAUUAGAGCUAAAUAUCCAUUUAGCGUACCUCAUGCACCUGGAGUUCCGAAGUAUAUAGAUUCCACUGAAGAUAGCAUAACCAUUUCGUGGACUAAACCAAAACAUGAUGGCGGAUCGCCAAUUACUGGCUACAUUGUAGAAAAACGUCUCAUCAGCGACGAUAAAUGGGUAAAGGCAAUACAUUCUCUGUGUCCAGAUACGACAUUGAAAGUGCCUAAUCUGAUAGAAAAUGCUGAAUACGAAUUCAGAGUAGCAGCACAUAAUCUAGCUGGUCAAUCACCUUAUAGCGCAAGUAGCGACCCAAUAUAUUGCCGUCGUCAACCACAUGCUCCCAAAAUUACGUCCGAUUUAUCGAUUCGUGAUAUUAGUGUAAUUGCCGGAGAGGAAUUCCGCAUCACUGUACCAUAUACUGCGAAUCCAUUGCCAACAGCUUCAUGGAAUGUCAACGGCCAGGACAUCAUGCAGGAUGAUCGUAUAAAGUUCAUAACUGACGAAUAUAGUACUGUAUACUACAACAAGUGUGCAAAGAGGUCUGAAACUGGAACAUACAUAAUAACUUUAGCAAACAGUAAAGGAAACGAUUCUGCUUCUUGUUACGUUACUGUAUUUGAUAAGCCCAGUAUGCCACAGGGUCCUCUAUCUGCAUAUGAUAUUACACCUGAUACCUGUACACUGUCAUGGAAGACGCCACUAGAUGAUGGGGGUUCACCCAUCACCAAUUACGUUGUAGAGAAGCUAGAUAAGAGUGGCACAUGGACCAAAGUAAGCAGCUUUGUGCGAAACAUCCACUACGAUGUAAUGGGUCUGGAACCUGGUUUCAAAUAUAGUUUCCGUGUUCGUGCUGAAAACCAAUAUGGUCUCUCGGAACCGCUGGAAAUGGUUGAUAGUAUUGUAGCUAAACAUCAAUUUACAGUUCCUGAUGCUCCUGGUCAGCCUAAAGUUAUCGAUUGGGAUUCGGACAAUGUAACUCUUUUGUGGUCUCGUCCAAACAACGAUGGCGGCUCCCGCAUACAGGGCUACCAGAUUGAGUACCGUGAUGUUCUCAACGACUCGUCAUGGAACACCUAUGAUUUCUUGAUAAAGGAUACGAAAUACCAAUUAUAUAAUCUCACAAAAGGCUGUGAAUAUGAAUUCCGUAUCAAAGCUAAAAAUGCGGCCGGUUUUAGCAAACCGUCAGCGCCUUCUUCCAAGUUUAAACUAAAGGGUAAAUUUAGUGUACCAUCGGCUCCUGGAACACCACAAGUCAUUAAAGUUGGCAAAAGUUAUGUCGAUCUUAAAUGGACAAAACCACAUAGUGAUGGUGGAUCCCGAAUUACUGGAUACAUUGUCGAACGUAGGGAUAUUGGAGGCGCUGUGUGGAUUAAGUGUAAUGACUACAAUGUUCUGGACACUGAAUUCACUGCCAUCAACUUAAUCGAAAUGGGUGAUUAUGAAUUCCGCAUUUUCGCUGUUAACGCUGCUGGCCGAUCUGAACCAAGUUCAUGCACAAUGCCAAUUAAGGUUUGCGAAGUUUUGGGAGGUGAAAAACCCGAAUGGAUUACAAGACUACACGAUCGCAUAGCUCCGUAUGGAAAAGACUACACGUUGCAAUGUAAGGCGACCGGAAAACCUGAUCCAGUUGCAAGGUGGCUUCGAAAUGGCAAAGAAAUUCAGAUGAAUACUGGCAGAUUUAGUUGUGACAGCAAGGACGGUGUGUUUAGUUUGCACAUCAGUUCCGUUCAAACGGGCGAUGAAGGAGAUUACACUUGCGAGGCUAUAAACUCGUUGGGCUUCGUUCAUACCUCUGGAUAUCUUAAGAUAGGAUCACCGCCAAUAAUACAUAGGUGCCCAGAAGAACUGUUCCUGCCAGAAGAUGAUAACACAAAGAUUAAGAUAUUCUACGGUGGGGACCACCCAAUGCAAAUAAAAUUGAGCAAAAACCAUGAGCCCGUGGUAGAAGAAGAUGCUCAUUUGAAAAUAACCAUAUUCGAUGAUUAUGUUGCUAUAUUUAUACGUGGCAUAGUGAAGUCUGAUGCAGGGCAUUAUGAAAUGGAGUUCUCAAAUGAUUCUGGCAAAGCAUCUGCUCAAUUUGUAGUAAAUAUAACAGGAUUGCCAUCGGCUCCAGUAGGACCUAUGCAUGUUUCCCACGUCAACAAACAUUCGUGCUACCUGAGUUGGCGUCCUCCUACCUAUGACGGUGGGCUUCGUGUAACACACUACGUCGUGGAACGAAAAGAUACCACUUCUCCUCACUGGAUAACAGUCUCAACGUUCUGUAAAGACACAUCCUUCAAUGUUCAAGGCCUUAUUGAAAACCAAGAAUACUUAUUCCGUGUUAUGGCCGUGAACGGUAAUGGAAUGGGUGCACCUUUAGAGGGUGCUAACCCCAUUAAAGCCAAAGCACCCAUUGAUCCUCCUUCACCCCCGAAAGUACCAACAGUCACUGAAAUUGGAGAAGAUUUUGUUCAUUUGGAAUGGGGAAAACCAGAUUCAGAUGGAGGUGCUCACAUUCAAGGCUAUUGGAUAGAUAAACGUGAAGUUGGAAGUGAUACAUGGCAGAGAGUAAAUAUAACAAUAUGUAGUGCCAAUCAAAUCAAUUGUCCUAAUCUAGUUGAAGGACGUCAGUAUGAGUUCAGAGUCUUUGCACAAAAUGAAGCCGGUAUAUCAAGGGAAUCGAUGAAUUCUUCAGCUGUUAAAGUGAUAGAUCCAAAGGCUGCAACUGCACCUAUUUUCGUAAAACCUUUGAGAGACGCUCAAUGCAUACAAAAUCAUAAUGCCCAAUUCACGUGCACAAUCACAGGCAACCCGAAACCAACAGUUUCUUGGUACAAGGGAGCACGAGAAAUAUCGAACGGAGCGCGGUACCAUAUGUAUAAUGAUGGCGACAAUUACUUCCUAAUUAUUAAUAGCGUGUUUGGUGAAGACGCAGAUGAAUACGUUUGCCGGGCUGUUAACAAGGCGGGAGCAAAAUCAACGCGUGCCGCCCUAGUGAUUGCAACUGCACCAAAACUGAAUGUUCCACCACGCUUCCGGGACACAGCAUAUUUCGACAAGGGUGAAAAUGUAGUGGUAAAAAUUCCAUUUACUGGUUUCCCUAAACCCAGAAUUCACUGGAUACGAGAUGGCGAAAAUAUAGAAUCUGGCGGCCAUUAUCACGUUGAAACCAAAGAGCGUCACGCAGUACUAACAAUACGCGAUGGAUCGCGUCUUGAUUCCGGUGUAUAUAAAAUUACGGCUGAAAACGAUUUGGGCUCCGAUGCUGCUACUAUUGCAAUACAGAUAAGUGACCGCCCUGAUCCACCACGUCUUCCUGUAAUUGAAAAUAUUGGCCAGGACUCAUUAGCUCUCAGUUGGAAAUCACCCUCGUGGGAUGGCGGCAGUGAUAUAACUAAUUACAUUGUAGAGAAGCGUGAGCAUCCAAUGUCAUCAUGGAUUCGCGUAGGAAGUACACGAUUUACCACAAUGGCCGUGACAGCUCUCACUCCAAGCAAAGAAUAUGAAUUCCGCAUUUAUGCUGAAAAUGUCUAUGGCGUUUCUAAUCCUUCCGAAAUAAGCACUUUGGUUAAAACAAAGGAAGCCCUUCAUAAAAAACCAAGGGAACGCAAAUGGGAAAUUGAUGAACAUGGAAAGAGAGUACGAGGAAAAGCGGACGGUCCAGUUAAAGACUAUGAUUCAUAUGUCUUUGAUAUCUACUCAAGAUAUGUACCACAACCAGUUGAAAUUUCACAUGACAGCGUAUAUGACAAAUAUGACAUAUUAGAAGAAAUAGGUACUGGUGCCUUUGGAGUAGUACACAGGUGUCGAGAACUAAAAACGGGAAAUAUAUUCGCUGCCAAGUUUAUACCGGUUUCUCAUGCUAUCGAAAAAGAUAUGAUUCGCCGAGAAAUAGAUAUAAUGAACCAACUUCAUCACCAGAAAUUAAUUAACUUGCAUGAUGCCUUUGAAGACGAUGAUGAAAUGGUUUUGAUUUUGGAAUUUUUGUCUGGCGGAGAAUUAUUUGAACGAAUCACUACAGAAGGCUACCAGAUGACAGAGGCUGAAGUAAUGAAUUACAUGCGUCAAAUAUGCGAAGGCAUUAAAUACAUGCAUGAAAAGAAUAUAAUACAUCUGGAUAUAAAGCCCGAAAACAUAUUGUGUCAAACGCGCAAUAGUAACAUUGUUAAACUUAUAGAUUUUGGGCUUGCAACACGACUUGAUCCAAACGAAAUGGUCAAGAUAACUACAGGAACCGCCGAAUUCGCAGCACCUGAAAUUGUUAACCGCGAACCUGUUGGCUUCUACACCGAUAUGUGGGCAACUGGCGUUCUAACCUACAUAUUAUUAAGUGGGCUAUCACCAUUCGCAGGGGAAAAUGACAUUAAAACUUUGAAAAAUGUAAAAUCAUGCGAGUGGGACUUUGAUGCGGAAGCGUUUAGGUAUAUAUCCGAUGAAGCUAAAGACUUUAUUCGCAAAUUACUGGUGGCUAAUAAGGAAAAACGAAUGACUGUCCACGAAUGUCUUCUGCAUCCAUGGCUGACCGGUGAUCAAGCAGACCGAACCAAGCAAAUUCAACGAUCCCGUUACCUUGCAUUCCGCGAUAAACUUCGAAAGAGAAACGAUGAAUGUGGAAAUUACCUUCUUCCCAUUGGUCGGAUUUCAGAAUACUCUUCCCUGCGCAAGCUUCUUAUGGAUAAAUACAAAAUCUAUGACACAACGUUCGAUCGUCGGCAAGCUGCUCCCCGCUUCGUUAUUCGUCCAUCAUCACAAUUCUGCUAUGAAGGACAAAGCGUUAAAUUCUAUUGUCGCUGCAUAGCCACUGCAACUCCGACACUGUCAUGGUCACAUAAUAAUAGUGAAUUACGCCAGAGUGUGAAGUUUAUGAAACGAUACGUUGGUGACGAUUACUACUUCAUUAUAAAUCGUGUUAAAUUAGACGAUCGGGGCGAAUAUAUAAUUCGUGCAGAAAAUCAUUAUGGUGCACGUGAGGAAGUUGUGUUCCUAAAUGUACAACCAUUACCUAAGGAACAGCCUAGAUAUGUUCACGAAUCAACACCAGUACGUCGUCGUGAACCAUUGCCCUAUACAUUCUGGCAGGAAGAAUCUGAAUCCGUACCGUACUUCACAUUCCUGUUGCGACCACGUGUCAUGCAAUCUCGCGACACAUGCAAACUCCUUUGCUGUCUGAGCGGUAAGCCCGUGGCAGCUGUAAAAUGGUAUAAAGAUGGCCGAGAAUUAAGCAAAUACGAAUAUGCCAUGACUCACUCUGAUGGUGUCGUCACAAUGGAAAUUAUUGACUGCAGGCCCUCAGAUUCUGGAAAAUACACAUGCAAAGCAACCAAUUGCCACGGUUCAGAUGAAACUGAAUGUGUUGUAAUUGUAGAAGGAAUUUGAUACCCAACUCGGAUGUAUUAGAUUUUUGAAUAUACGAACUGCGUGCGACUUUAUCUUUGGAAUGUUUAUAUAGGCUUACGGUAUAAAUAAAAGUUUUAACGCAUACAAUUUAAAUCCUUUA